AUGGAGCGCGAGGAGAAGCCGCUCAAGGAGUGGAUCGAGGCCGCGCAGCUCACGCUCUGCCGGAGCCGCGUCGUCAUCGGGCAGCCCACCAAGGUCAAGGGCGAGGGCCUCAACAAGAACUUCAUGGUCUACCCCGUGGUCCUGGAGACCGUGCGGCCGCAGGCGCCCCUGUCGCCGGCGUCGGCGGCCAAGGUCGAGCGCAACUCCGAGGCCGACGACGACGACGACGACACCGUGGACCGCCAGGUCGCGAAGCGGCGGUUCUCCGAGUUCGAGGAGCUCCGGGCGACGCUCGCGCGGCGCUUCGGCGCGCACGGCAUGCUCGUGCCGUCGCUGCCGCCCAAGAAGGGCUUCGGCACGGGCGACAAGGUCGUGCGCCGCCGCGUGCGCGCGCUCGCGCUCUUCUGCGCGGCGAUCCUCGAGAACUGCUUCCUCGCGGAGGACAGCGCGUGGGUCGCGUUCGUGACGCCGGGCCCCUUCGGCGGCGGGUCGACGGCGGCGCUGAGCUUCGGCAUGCUGCGCUGGAACGAGUGCCUCGCCGACGCGCAGGCGCGCGGCGCGGGCGGCGGCGACGCGCACGCGCUCGGGAAGGCGCGCGCGGAGCUCGACGACCUCGACGACGCGCUCCGGGCGGCCCGGGGCGCCUACGACGGCUUCGCCAAGGCCCUGGGCGCGGCGGCGGCGGCGGCGGAGGCCGUGCGCGCGGCGACGUCGGCCUGGGCCGACGCCGAGGCCGCGGACGGCGCGACGCUCGCGCGGCUCGGCGAGCGGGCCGAGGACUCGGACGCGCCGCUCACGCGGGCCGUCUUCCUGCCGCGGCCCAGCGAGGCGCACCCGGCGGCGCCGGCCGUGCUCGGCGCGCUGCCCGCGGCCGCGCUCGCGCGCGCGCGCGACGCGCUGGACGCGCUCGCGCGGCGCACGCUCGCGCCGCUGCCGGACGCGCUGCGCGCCUGGCUCUGCGACGUCGUGUCCUACGAGCUGAGCCAGGCGUCGGCGCUCCGCGACAUGUGCAAGGCCCUCGCGGACCUGGACCGCGGCGUCGAGGCCGCGGCGGCGAAGCGGCGCGGCGCGGCCCGGGGCUCGCCCGAGGCCCGCGACCUCGCGCAGGUCCACGAGGCGCGCGAGAAGCACGCGCGCGACUUCCGCUGCGGCCUCGUGGCCUGGUCCCUGCCCAAGUUCGCCGACCGCCGCAGCCGCGUCCUCAACGUCUUCGCGGCGCACGUCGAGCUCGCCGCGGGGCUCCUCGGCGCGCCCGCGCCGCCGGACGCCGUCGCGCGCGUCCAGCCCGUCCUCGGCGCCGCGACGGCGAUCCUCGCGGCCCUCGACCUCGACGCGCCCGACGUGAGCCGCUUCCAGCCCGGCGCCUACCGGCUCCCGCCGGACCCGCGGCCGCCGCCGCCGCCCGCGGGCAUCGAGGAGCGCAAGUCCAUCGACGAGGGCCGCGGCCGCAAGUCCGAGAACGAGGUCGCGGUCUAA